AUGCUCGUCAUUAUAUGUGUCUUUCUCCUUAAAUCAGAAAAUGGCUACAUGACCUUUCAAUCUCAUGGACAGGACAUUGUUGCUUAUGUGAUCGCACGCACACUGCAAGCAUUCGAACACCAUCCGCAUGUAAAAUUUGGAGAAUCAAAAAGUGGCAUCCUUGCCAGUAAGAAAGAAGCCCUACCGUUCAAGAAAUCAGAGGACCCUACUAUCGAGAGGCGCCACGCCAACCCUGCUAUCCAAUUAGAGCAGGUCGCCGAAGAAACUACCGACGGCCCAGGUUCCGGUGAUGGUGGAAAUAGUGCCAGCAAAGAUAGCAGUGGCGGCGGUGGCAGAGGCGCGACGAAAUAUUUGAGCAAACCUAAUAGCAGACCGUCGUGCACUCCCUACGCUGCAAACGAGGAAUUGAGCGGGGUUGGACUGUUCAGUCCUGCACCGACCCGGCCCACGACACCAACCUCUCACCGUGAGAGCAAGAACUCGAAUCCCACGUCCACAUUAGGUUCUUCUUUUCUCAUGACGUCUGCCACUCGUUUGGAGGAGUGA